AUGCGAAAGUUGGAAUGGGACGACAUGGGAGUGAAGGAUGAUGGUCGGCAGCUACACCAUUUGCACCUUGCUGAUGACAUCAAACUGAUAACACCUAGCGUCGGCCAAGCGGAACGAAUGCUGACCGAAUUUGACGAAACAUGUGGAUGCAUCGGUCUUCAGCUGAAUCUGCAAAAGACAUUGUUCAUGCGUAACGGAUGGGUCUCGGAUCCCUCAUUUACGCUCAACAGAACGAACAUAUCCGAAUGCACCAGUUAUGUUUAUUUGGGUCGGGAAUUGAACAUGAUGAACGAUCUGACCUCCAAGCUGGGCAGAAGAAAACGAGCGGCUUGGGGAGCGUAUAAAAGCAUCGAGGAUGUAGUGAAGAAGAUCAAUAACACCCGGCUCCGUGCUCACCUCUUCAACAUCAUCGUACUUCCUGCUUUGACCUAUGCUUCGCCGCGUUUGCCAAUAAAAGUAAGAUAA